GCUGGCAUUUCUCUUUUUCAGUCACAAAUGGAGUUACCUAAGAGAAAUAAAGAUGAGUAUGACAUCUCGGGGCUAUGUACAUGUGUUAUUUUUAAUAAUCUCAACUUCAAAACAAUGCCCAGAAGGAGUGGCAGUGAUAAAGAUGCCACUGAUAUCAGGAUAGUGUUCCAAAAGCUUGGUUUCAUUGUACAUACAUACAGAGACUGCACAUCAGAUGAAAUGCGUCAUCAUCUCAAAGAAUCGAAACGAAAAAAUAUUGGAAGUGUCAAUGCCUGUUUCUUCAUCUUCUUCUUAAGUCAUGGGUACACAAAUGGAAUUUAUGGGGUGGAUGGGACAUGCUUUGCUUUUACUGAAUUACAGACUUGUUUAAUACCAGCUCUACCAACACUAUCACCUCUCAUGGAUGGCAUUCCAAAAGUAUUUAUAUUCCAAAGCUGCCGAAAUGGUGAAGAACCAAACAAAAAAUUUGAAACGCCUGAUCCAUUAGAUGAUCACAUUCUCCUUGUUUUUGCAACCCAGCCUAACUGCCAAGCCUACAGGAAUCAUACAGAGGGUAGCCACAUGGUCCAAUGCCUGUUACAAGCGAUGAAAGAGUAUCCCCAUGAGACUAAUAUAAUAAAUAUACUGACACACACUAACAGGCUUCUGGCUCAGAAGACACAGUACCAAAGACUUCGUUUUAACUCUUCAUUAAUGCACAGUCUUCAUUUACCAAGGGCAAGGGUAAAUAAUUUAGGAAGAGUAUUUACAGCUUCUUACGAGAAAGAGGUCACUAAUUCUGAGUGUGCAAAAAGUGCAAAUACACAUGAGGAGCAACAUAAAAUUGCUAUUAUUCCAAGACCUCCUGCCUUUGUCAUCAACUGUGGGCUGUGUCUUGUAUUUAAUAACAGUUCACAUCACAGCAAAGAAGCACAAAUAAUGCUACAGAAUAUAAUGGAGAUUCAAGGUUAUGCUUUUCUCUCCUUUGAUAAUAUUAACUGGAAGAACAUGAAGCUCUUAAUAAAGGAGACUAGCAAAAUUGCCUGUCAGGCUUUCGCAUUGUUUGUACUCAGUGAAGGCGAAGAAGAAUUCAUAUACGACAGUAACAAGAAAAUUAUACCAAUAAGACGCAUACUUGAUUAUUUCUCGCCUGCGGACAACCCAUUAAGUAGCUUUCCAAAAUUCUUUUAUUUUCAAACCACCAUCAUUACGAAGGAGACAGAAAGAGAAGGAGCAAGGGGGCUACCAGGACAAAGGGACACGAGAAGGAGUAGUCGAGAGAAUUUUGGUGUUCCUCCAUUGAAUUCAGUUUGUUGCCAGGUCUCAACAGAGUCCUCACUCUUAUUUCAUUUCUUUAAGAAUAUUCAGCGAUUUGAAGAUGAAAUAGGAGAACUGAUACCAUUGAGAGAGAUUUUAGAAUACUCCCUUAAUGAAGGAAAGAAAAGUGCAUUAGUUUUUGAGGAAGGCCAGAAGCCCCCACCACUUGAAGUCAUAUGGUCACAUGUUUGUUCAAAUCCUGUCAAUAGUGACAUGGAUCUAACACUAAAGUGUAACAAGGUACAAAUACAAGUGGCCAGUUUGAAGCUAAUAGCAGAAAUCAAGAUGAAUAUCAAUAAAAGAGUUCAGCGGAUUUACGACAAGACAGAAACCAUAAAAGCAGAAAAAGAAGCCAUAUUUUGUCACUAUUUUGAUGAGUACCUUCAAGUAACAGUAUCCAAAUCUCAAGUCAUGCAAGGAUCAGAAUCAAAUGAAGACACAAAACUCAAAUCACAAACUAAACAAAUCAUAACCACUUGUCAGUUAGAAGAGAAGCUAUGCAGCAGAAACACAAACAUAAUUGAAGCCAUCAAAAGAAGUGCAAUGUCACAAACCUUAGAGAAAGAACUGCACAAUUAUCAGAGUUGUGCAAGGUGGACACUGACUGCCUUUUAUCAAAACAUGUCCCCAACACAAGACAUUGAUCCUAAACAACUCAUGCAAGUACACUGUGACUAUAUUCAGUUGUCAUUAGAGGCAGUUGAAGGAAUUGAGGGAGCUAUAGAGCAACAAAACAAUCAAGUAGAAGAAUUAGAACUUAGUCAAAUAUCAAGUUUACACAAUGACCAGCCACUAGAACAAAGUUAGUAAAGUUCACUUAGUAAAAGAAUGUCACCCAAGGAUGCAUGAUAGAUUAGGAAAAUUAAAAUUAAUAAUACUGUUUUAUUUUUAUUGUUCUGUAUUUUUGUAAUGACUUAUUAUUUAUUCUGAAAAUUUUCUGUGUUUGAAAUUUUUUAUCUACCAUAAAAAGUGAAAUUGUUUCAAAGUGAGAAUUUCUUAUGAUUUGAUAAUGCUGCACUACU